UUUUCCGGUGCAAGUGUGAUCGGUGCGAGAUCGUGCCACAUUACUCCCGUAGAAUGACUGACCUGUCCCAGUACGUACUGUCCAAUGAGACUGGCAUCUGCCUGCUGGACUGUGAGGAUGCCUUCAACAGUCUGACGAAUAAGGAGCAGCUCUACGCCCACUACAUCUCACAAGCCUCCUUCAAUGGUGGUCUCAUUGUACUCUUGCAGACAUCUCCAGAAUCCCCAGGCAUCUUCGUCCUGCUGCAGAGAGUGUUCCGGGCACAGUCGACAGCUGACCUUGAGACAGUAGCCACACAGAAUGGCCUCAGCAAGGAAGAGUUUCAGGCUGUCCUGAUGUACGCGGCUGGUUUCUACUGCAAUAUGGGCAACUACAAGUCUUUUGGUGACAGCAAGUUUAUUCCCAAUUUGCCAAAGGAGAAGAUGGAGAAGUUGAUCCUAAACAGUGCUGCUGCUGCUGCCGACCCUGGGAGCAUCCAGUCCCUGUGGAGUUCCGUCCAAGACCGCAUGUACUCCCUCGCAGCCAGGGACAAGGAACUGGGGCUUGGGGAGAAAGGAACAACGACCUACUUCUCAGAGAACUGUGACAAGCGAGAUGGGGAAAUUGCUCAAGAAUUUAUGAAUAAACUGGACUUAAGUCCAUAUAACACGCGCCUGUUCAAGACUGAAGACAAGCGUACUAGCCUCCCUGUUUAUGAGAUCAGACUAGCCUCUGUCGAGACAACAGCCAGUGGAGAUAUUCCAGGUGUAAAAUCUGAAAAUGGGCUUGGAGAACAUAAGUUUACACCAACAGAUGUUGCCGGACCAGUCACCUUCAAGGUUACCAGGGGAGACUACUCUCCACUUCUCAAACGUGUUGUAGAUAACCUUAACGAGGCCAAGAAAAAUGCAGCCACAGAGAAUGAGGUGCGAAUGUUGGAAGAGUAUGCCCAGAGCUUCACAACAGGGUCACUACCAGCACACAAAGAUGGUUCCAGGUUCUGGAUAAAGAACAAGGGUCCUAUAGUAGAGACAUAUAUUGGCUUCAUAGAGUCCUAUAGAGACCCUUAUGGUGUCAGGGGGGAAUUUGAAGGUUUUGCUGCGGUUGUGAACAAGAAUAUGAGUGCCAAAUUUGGAUCCCUGGUGGAGAGUGCAGAACACUUGCUGGCACUAUUGCCAUGGCCAGCAGCGUAUGAGAAGGACAAGUUCCUGCGGCCAGACUUCACCUCCCUAGACGUCCUCAGCUUCGGAGGCAGUGGCAUCCCUGCAGGAAUCAACAUUCCUAACUAUGAUGAUAUUCGGCAGAAUGAGGGCUUCAAGAACGUGUCACUGGGGAACGUGUUGACGUCUGGCUAUAAGGACACGAAGAUCACAUUCCUUGAUGACGAAGACAAGGAGCUGUACGUGAAGCUGAAACUCCCAUCCUUCGAAGUCCAGGUUGGACUCCAUGAACUGCUGGGUCAUGGUAGUGGCAAGCUCUUUAAAAAGGAAGAAGAUGGAAAGUUCAACUUUGACCAGGAUAACGUGAGACACACGGAAACUGGGGAAAAGAUAACAACGUGGUACCUCCCCGGUGAGACCUGGGACAGCAAGUUCUCCUCAAUAGGGUCAAGCUAUGAGGAGUGUCGGGCUGAGUGUGUUGGAAUCUACCUUUGCCUCUCCUUUGAUGUUCUAAAGAUAUUUGGCCACAUUGGAGACUCAGCUGAUGACAUCAUCUACAUCAACUGGCUGAACAUGGCCCGUGCUGGUCUGCUGGCCCUGGAGUUCUACUCCCCAGAGACGGGUGCUUGGAGACAGGCCCACAUGCAGGCAAGGUUCUGUAUCCUGCGUGUCAUGCUGGAGGCAGGGGAAGACUUCAUCACCAUCACCAACACAAUAGGGGAGGAUGGUAAACCUGAUCUCAGGAUCAAACUUGACCGCACCAAGAUCAUUAAAGUGGGCAAACCUGCCAUUGGGAAGUUCCUUCAGAAGCUUCAGGUGUACAAGUCCACCGCAGAUGUUGCAGAAGGGAAGAAGAUGUACGACUUCUACUCUGAUGUCAACGACAAUGCCAAACCACACUUCUUAAGUCUUCGCGAGGUUGUCCUUGCUCGUAAACAACCACGCAAGAUGUUUGUUCAACACCACACAUCUGUACAAGAUGGAAAAGUGACCUUAAAGAGUUAUGAAGCCAACGCAGCUGGACUCAUCCAGUCCUUCGUGGAUCGUUUCCCUCCCCCCGAAGUUGACAGCGAGAUCCUGGCCCUGUGUGACAAGGACAAGCCCUACUUCUAGAUAACCCUGCGUCCAACACAUUACUGCCGCCUGUCGAAACAAGCUCUGUAUUGUGAUGCCAUUGCAACAGGAUCACUGUGGAUCAUCUCCUGCCUUUGCCAAGAAGAUUCAUAUCCAGGAGUACUGGUUGAGGGCCAGUGUCAUGAUGAAGUCCAUGGUGUGCAUUGGAUUGUUUAACUGCUUUUGAGGAUCUGACUAAUUAUGAAGAAUUUUGUCAUUUAAUGUUUGAAUUUACUCAUGAAAGUUCACUUAUAUCAACCUUUGAAAUACAACAAAGGAAACUAUUCCUCUGAUUUAAUGUAAGCAUGCCUCCAGUGUACUCACAGGGCUGUGUCUAAGUCUCAUUAAAUGAAAUCCAUUCAGCAUUCCAGUUACCAUGGUUAUUGUGGUUGUUUUGUAUAAUGUAAUGUUAAGUACCUGUUUACUCUCAGCAUUGUGCCAUUUUGACCAGUGUUAGCUGGGACCCUGAUGUUAUGAUGGAAAAUAUACCAGGCGCCAUCAAGUUAUUUUGUUAAACUAAUUCCAUCACAAAAUGUCACCUCCUCUCAGUGAACAUGGUUCCUAGCAAUGCUCUGAUAACUGGAGAAAAUUGUGCAGAUUCGUAUGAUUCUUAAUCUGUUCUCAGACAAAAUGCUUGAACUGAAAUAAUUUUGAAGGAAUAUGUUCUACAACUGAUUUAUGGCAACAGGAAUAGCCCAUGUGUUUCGAUAUAACAUUAGCAGCACAGACAGGCAGUUUCAACUUUUUAUCAGUGUGUAGACAACAACCUAGAGUUUUGAACCCUCUGAGACAUGGGCGUUAAACGUAAUAUUUCACUAAAAUGAAGUUACUUUAGUCCUUUUUUAGAUGUAACUUUAGCUGUAAGAACACUUCUACUGGUAAGAAAUGCUGGUGGUAUUCUAAGUUUGUGGAAUAAAUGCACAUCUACAUUCAUGUAUGAAUAGUUCAUCAUGAUUUCAUUCUUCUAUUAAGCAUUGAGAUUCACCAGUGUGCAAUGUUAGGGGUAAUGGGAUAAUGUUGUUACGUUAUGGCUGAUUUCUUCUCAUGGUGAGAAAAAUGUUAAUUGAAUUUGUACACAGUGACGAAGUAAUUAAAACAUACAAAGGCAAUACAGGUGGAAAGUUGUUAUUCUCUUCUUUGUUGAUAGUAAAAUCUAAGUUGAGCAAAUUAAUACAAUGUCAUUCUGAUUCCAGAUGUACUCAGAAUUUAUAUAUCCUUAACAUCAUAAAUUUUUAAGGAAACAAUAUUUCUUAACAAAUUGUACAUCGCAUGGUAUUUGUUUUGUAUUGUGUUUAUACUAUGACAGCUCAUGCAGGUUGUAAGGUGAAAUAUAAUGUUUUGUAGACCAGAUGUCAGUAUCUGGCAUCUGAAACAUUUUUUAAUAAACCUAUUUCACAGUC